AUGAAAAAUUAUUUUUUUUUUUUUGACAAUUUUUUAAAUAACUAUCCUUUAAAAUUAAUUCCCACCAACUUAGGAUAUGAUAAGUUUUCAAAAACGUUAAUCGAAAAUGUAACAAAAAUCGGAACAUUUUUCAGAACAAUGUUACCAAUAUUUAUUCCACUAUCUAUAUAUCAAUAUAUAAGACAAGUUGAUAGAGAUCGUUAUGCCGAAGAAAUUUUUUACGAGCAUUCAAAGAGUGACAAUUUGAAAAGCUUUUAUGAUUCGUCAACGAAAUAUAAAAAUAUAAAAAACUGGAGAAUACAAUAUGAUUUAUAUUUAAUUGAUAAAGCUGUUAAUUCAUAG